AUGAGUCUGAGACCUAGGUGCCUCCGAGGUCUCAUUCUUCUUUCUUUGUAUUUUAUUGUUGUUGAUGACGUAUGGGAUGUAGAGACUUGCAAAACAAUCAAUUUUGCACUUAUUGGGAAUUGUUGUGGAAGUAAAGUAAUCACAACUACUCGUAAGUUUGACGUUGCUGAAGAAGCUGGUGAGGUUUACAAGCUGAAACCACUUUCAUAUGAAAACUCCAAGAAGUUAUUGUAUACAAGGAUAUUUGGUGCAGACAGGCAAUAUCAUGAUAACAAACCAGAUGAUGUAUUUGAUAAAAUUCUGGAGAGAUGUGGUGGUAUACCAUUAGCAAUAAUCAAAGUGACUAGCUUGUUGGCGGGUAAACCAAAGGAUGAAUGGUCUGAGGAUUCUGCGCACACUUUCCCAGCUUUAGGCUUCUGCGCGUGCUUGACGUAUCUUGGGAUAAACUGUGGAAACAUCGUCCUACCAACACAGCUUGUUAGUACAAAUCAAAUGACGAAUCUAAAGUUACUCCAGACAUUUGUUGUGUAUGGAACCUUGCCAGUAAGCAUCGUCCUACCAACACAGCUGUUGUGCCUUCAUGCUGCAACGAGCGUACCCAAUGGUAUUGGAAAGCUUACAUCCCUGGAGCAGCUAAGAAUAUUUGGUAACCCCAAUAUUUUUGUAAAGGAGCUGGGCAGCCUGCGAGAACUGAGGGUGCUCAGAAUUUAUAAUUAA